AUGGCGAAAGGCGAACGCAGGGUGUUGUUGAUAUUGGGGGAGUACGUGGAAGACUACGAGGCGAUGGCAUAUGGAGUGUCCGUUGAUGCCGUCUGUCCUGGCAAGAAAGCUGGUGAUAUCUGUCGCACAGCCAUUCAUCAACUUUCUCCUGCUCACCAGACUUAUUCUGAAUCACGUGGUCACAAUUUCGCACUCAAUGCAACAUUUGAUGACAUUGAAUUUAACAAAUAUGAUGGAUUAAUAAUACCAGGAGGACGGGCACCUGAAUAUCUUGCUAUGGAUGCGUCGGUUUUAGAAUUGCCAAUUGCUUCGGUUUGCCAUGGGCAACUUGUCCUAGCAGCUGCAGGCUCGGUUAAAGGUGCUUAUUGGGUGGAACCCGAGACCUUGUUGGCGUGUGUUGUUGAUGGUAAUAUGAUUACUGGGGCUACACAUGAAGGCCAUCCUGAGUUAUUUAGGCUUUUUGUGAAGGCGCUAGGAGGUAACAUAACUGGUUCAGACAGGAUGGGGUAA